AUGAUACUGGAAUGCAGGAGUGGUCUUUUCUGCGAAUGCGCGGGUCUGGAGAAAAUCUAUCCACUAUUAGACUCUAACAUCAACCAAGAUAUAUUUUCGAUAUCGGAAAGUGCGGUAUUGGAUAGAUGGCUGAACACAGUGGGGGAAUAUUGCAAGCUGGCUCUGACUAAGCAUGAUGAUCGAGCAAUUGCUAUUCUGGGCGUAGCAAACAUAUUCCAAAGGCGACUCGGGAGCAAAUAUCUAGCUGGUUUAUGGGAGACAGAUAUUGCUAGGGCUUUGUUGUGGGACGCUAGUCUCCAGUUUGGGAGAAUAGUAUAUCGAUUUGACAGACCUACAGCACCAAGCUGGUCUUGGAUAUCACUUAUCAUGUUUCCAGUAGGAACAGCUGCAUUCUAUGGCAGACCAACCUUUACAUCAUUUGAGGUUCACGAAUAUUUCAGGUAUGAGGGUACAGAGAUGUCUGGUGUUACUAACGAUUCUCGUACGGCUCUUAAACUUGGCUCAAUAAGAGUCAGAGCUACAUACAUAUCCGCUACACUGAUUCACAGCCAUCGAAACAGAGGUCCUGGAAGAUCAGGUCUUUUCGAAACUUCGCUCUUGGUGGAGGAAAUGCUUGAUGACUUCGUUCUAAUUAUGUGGUCAUCUAUGGAUCUGGAUGUUUCGGAGGAUCAAGAAUGGUGCGUUGAGAACUUCUCGACGGUUGAAUGUCUAUUUGUAGGUACCAUGUCAGUCGUAGAUGCCGAUAGUGUUGAUGAGUCUGAAACUCCCGUCGUGUGUGCCCUCGUGUGCAAACAGCCAGAUUCGAAGUGCGAUGGAUAUCAACGGGUUGGCCUUUCGAAUUUAUAUAGAAAUUGUUAUCGAUUGGAGAAGAGCGGCGUAUUCGAUUUGAAAUGA